GAGGAGAAGCUAAAAGGGAGGGGAGAGAUAAGAAGAGGAGGAAAGGGGUGAAAGAGGGAGGGUAGAGAUGAGAUGGGAGGUUUGUUGCAAAACAGCUCUCUGGAAGUGAUGACACCAACAGAAAAACCUUCCAAUAACUUCCUAUGAGACCAACAGCACAGUACCAGAUAUACUGCGGAGGAGGCUGCACUGUGGAAGAGGAAGUCAGAUGAAUAUGAUGCGAGGACCAAACCCAGGACUGUACAGGAGUCCACCAGGACCUUAUCAGCGCCCCGGUAUGAUGCCUGGUGCUCGGAUGCCAGUAUCGGGUAUGCCAGUUGGAUCACCGAUGCUCCCAACAUAUGGACCAGGGUCCCCAAUGCGGCCUGGUAUGAACCCUAUGUUGAUGGACUCAUUUAGAAAAAGGCUUAUGACCCCACAAGGACAUCCGUCUGUACCGAACCAGAGAAGAAUGAAGAGAAGGAAAAUGGCUGAUAAGGUUUUACCACAGAGGAUCCGAGAGCUAGUCCCAGAGUCACAGGCAUAUAUGGACCUUUUAGCCUUUGAGCGGAAAUUAGAUCAAACAAUUGCCAGGAAGAGGAUGGAGAUCCAAGAUGCCAUCAAGAAACCUCUUACUCAAAAGCGUAAGCUGAGGAUAUAUAUUUCCAAUACCUUUACUCCGGGUAAACCUGAUGGAGAGGAAGGAGAAAAAGUGAGCUCCUGGGAGCUACGUGUGGAAGGGAAAUUGCUGGAAGAUCCCAGCAAGCAGAAAAGAAAGUUCUCUUCAUUCUUUAAAAGUCUUGUCAUUGAGCUGGACAAGGACCUUUAUGGGCCAGAUAAUCAUUUAGUGGAAUGGCACAGGAUGGCCACCACACAGGAGACCGAUGGGUUCCAGGUGAAGCGCCCUGGAGAUGUGAAUGUCAAGUGCACUCUACUUCUCAUGCUGGAUCAUCAGCCUCCCCAGUAUAAACUGGACACCCGCUUGGCACGCCUGCUUGGUGUUCACACUCAGACUCGUGCCAACAUCAUGCAGGCAUUGUGGUUGUACAUUAAGAACAACAAGCUGCAAGACAGUCAUGAGAAGGAAUACAUUAACUGCAAUCGCUACUUCAGACAGAUCUUUAACUGUAUCCGAAUGAGAUUUUCAGACAUUCCAAUGAAGCUGGCAAGUCUCUUGCAGCACCCAGACCCCAUAAUAAUUAACCACACCAUCAGUGUCGAUCCAAAUGACCAAAAGAAGACGGCCUGUUAUGACAUCGAAGUUGAAGUGGACGAUCCCCUAAAGUCCCAAAUGAGCAACUUUCUUGCCUCUACUACGAACCAACAGGAGAUUGCCAGUUUGGAUGCCAAGAUUCAUGAGACGAUCGAAUCCAUCAACCAGCUGAAGACACAGAGAGAUUUCAUGCUAAGCUUCAGCAAUGAUCCACAGGAAUUUAUCCAGGACUGGCUGAAAUCCCAAAGCAGAGACCUCAAGAUAAUGACAGAUAUGAUGGGAAAUCCAGAGGAGGAAAGACGUUCUGAGUUUUACCAGCAACCAUGGGCUCAAGAAGGCGUGGGGAGACAUAUCUACUUCAAGGUCCAGCAACGGAGACAGGAACUUGAACAGGUUCUGGGGCUUCGUCUCACUUAAACACUUCCCAGAACAAUGUUAUUUUAUACAUUCCAUGUGCCUUAUUAAUGUCCUUUACCUGUAAAUCUUUAUUGUUAUGUACCCAGUCACCUUGGAAUGACUGUGUGUCAGUUCUCAGGUACGAUAGGGAUCUGCAGCCUUUUGUUUUUCGCUUGGCUUCUAGCAAUAUUGUAGCAAUAUUCAGCUGGAUGGUUAUAUUAGCAUAUACACAUUGCAGAAUUACUACUAAAAAGUAAACAUACCCCUUAGGCCAGUGCAUUGAGGUUGUAACUCCACAACAGCUGCAACAGUAAACAUGAAAUAUAUGCAGAAAUGUGCAAUUCGUUUGCUACUAAGGUAGCCUUAUAUAGUUUAAUAUGUUGCAGCUUGCUAAAAUGUCUUAUGGAAUGAUAAAUCAUAGGGUAUAUAAUCCAUAGGUGCACGGUGACAAUCUGAACAGAAAUACAGGACAUUCAUUGCCUAAAACUCUGUCAUUGUUAAGGAGAUAUGUCAUAGUGAAAAGCUUAUCCCCUGUCCUCAGAAUAGGGGAUAAGUUUUGGAUCGCUGGGACCUGGGGCUCCGGCUCUUCACGGGAGCGGCGCGUCACAGUGGGGGCUGCCAUGCCCCCUCCAUAUAUCUCUAUGGCAGAGCCGUUCAGCUAUCUUCAGCUCUCUUGUAGAGAUAUAUCGAAGGGGAAUGGCGGCUCCACUUCGGGCGGGGGUCAUAAUGCGCCGCUCCCGGUGAAAGCUGGGGCCCCGUACAGGAGAUCACGGGGGGGGGGUUCCUACAGAUAGGGGAUACAUUUUUCACUAUAAGACUUCUCCUUUAAAGGGGUUUUCCAGGAGUAGAAAAACAGAACAACUUUCUUUUAAAAAAGCAGCUCCAUGUCUGUCUCCAGGUUGUGUGUGGUUUUAGAACCUGGUUGCAUUCAAUUCAAUGGAACUGAGCUGCAGAACCACAAACAACCUGGAGACAGACUGGGAGUGGUUGUUGAAAGAAAGUAGCUUUGUUUCUCUAUUCCUGAAUAACCCCUUUAAUAACUUUUGAUACGUCGAUCGGACAUGUCAAAAGUUGUUGGUCGCAUCGGGUCUGAUCGAGUUUAUUAGGCGGAGAAGCGGCCGGCUACAAGUCUGUGCAGAGAAUGUUUGGCCACAGUUGCAGCUUUGUCUUGGGAUAUAGUUACAAGAAAGGCUCAUAAAACUGGAUGCACAGAUGUUGCGAAGCUUGAGUUGUCAUUCGAUGCCAUUAUUAUAUGUAGUUUUACAUAAGGACUCCAUUAGGUGGCCAUACGUGUUAGACAACAGCUCUCUCUACACCAGUGGUCCUCCAGAUGCUGCAAAACUUCAACUUCCAGCAUGCCCAGACAGCCAAUGGCUGUCCAGCCAUGUGGGAGGAAAACGCCACAAUUUCUGUGCAAAAAACGCCAAACUAGGUUUUGUUGGACGUUUUGAAAAACCAGCCCAAAAUUGCUGAAAAACGCCUAAAGGAUAAAAAAAAAAACGCCAAACAAAUGCCAAGUGGAUCUGGCAUUUUGCAGUUUACUAUAAACUUGCAGCUAAUAUCUGUCCAUGGCGUUUUGCCGAAAAAACGCUGUGCGGAAAAAUUGGUGUUUUUUACGGCAUUUUUGCCAAAAAAUCCUCAGUACAAUUCCAGUCUUAAUGGGUAUGACCAGCCUAUUACAAGCUUGUAACAGAUGGAAGCACCUAACAUGUAUUACUAUAGAGCAAUAUGGCGUUCUAUGUUUUACUUAGUAGAAACUAGAAUGAAGCAAUACCAUGGCUAUCUGAUAUAAGACAAAAGCCGUUUGCACAAUGGAGUGGUUUAUACCACCACCAUUGUUUGGUCAUAGGAAUAGAUUGAAAAAAAAAAAAUGGUGGUACUGGUCCUCUACAUGCUGGAUUCCAACAGUGCCAGAUGAACCCCAUCCAUUUUAACGGAGUCCAACAUUUCACCAGACAACAGCGCUGGAUGCUGUGCUGUCUUGUUCACCAUUUUGAUGGAACCUCUGAGGCAGAUGUGAAGUCUAAAUUUAGGUCGAAACUCAGAUUAUCACAAUGCUCUAAAAAGGGCACCUCAAAAUAGUCAAAUUUCAGGUCUACAUCAUAAAUAACCUUUUAUUUUUCUUUUGAAAACUUUUUGAAGGGAGGGCACAAAGAGUAGUAGAAAUAAUCAAAUAAUAAUAGUCUGUAUGUGCUGAGGUGCAAAACAUGUGACCAAUAGCCCCAGAAAAUGGUUAUGAAAAACCUUGUGACAAUGAGCAGAACUUAAUUUGCUGACAUCAGCAUUAGAGAUGAGCGAACUUACAGUAAAUUCGAUUCGUCACGAACUUCUCGGCUCGGCAGUUGAUGAC